AUGCCAGCCCAGCUCACGCUUCUCUCCGUCGUUCUUCUCGUCUUUGCAGUCGUGUACGGUAAGUCCCUUCCUUUAAGACGAAUUCCAGAAAGCUCAUCAAUCUUAUUUGCUUUUUACGGCUUUCUAAUAGCUUUUUGAAAGCGACUGCAGCGACGGAAGAAGCUACUAGAGCCAGAUCCUUUCAGAAAUCUAAUUUCAACCCGACUUCUGAGUUUAAAUACAACGAAUUAGAUGAACAUAAAUACCGAGAAAAAAAACCUGGCAAACUUCACAGGACCUCAAUUACAACCGGCUACCCUUCCCAGAAGGAAAAAAAUCAAAGUAGGCCGGGCCUCAAUUUAAUAUUUUUCCGGACUUUCGCUCUUGACUAGAGAAAAUCCAAAAGACGCAAAUUUCAAUUUUAAUUCAAAUUUGACUCCUGUUCAUGCAUAAUUUCGAUUAGUAAAAACCCUUUUUAGCUCUCAGUCAAGUCGAUAUUUUUUUCAAAUUGCACGUUAUCAGGUGAAGAGGCGUUGUGACGUAAUUCAGGCGCCAUGUCGUUAAAUGAGAAAAGUAAAACAUUGAUUUUUGAUUGAGAUAUGAACACCAAACUGGAAUUAACAAAAUUUUCAGCCUUUUCUAUGUGGAGGAUCAUUUGUACUCGUUAUUAAGGUCUUCUCAAGCUCUUUAGGUUCAAAAGCAUAACUUCUACUUCCAACUUUUGUCAAAGCUUAGAAAGAGAAAAUAAAACAGAAAAUUUGUUUUGAUGACCGGGAUUUCCCAAUUAUUAACUGUGAAAAAUUCUCCCUUAUCGAUGAAUUGAAUUUUUCUCAUACGUCUCGGUUUUCUUGAUGAAAAAUCCUAAAAAGUUAUUCAAAGAUUCCUUUCAGUGUUUGAGAUCGAGGAAAAAAAUCCGAAAAUUGAUCCGGAACAAGAAGCUAAUAGAUAUACAUAAUUGUGAAUGUGGAGCUCGAAUUCGACUCCUUCGUCUUGCUACUGUUUCCUUGGCCAAUUAGCCUCGCGGAAGCCUAGGAAUUCUGACACCCACCGCAUCGUUUUCUUCGACAUAUGACAUCUCUUUUUUUUUUGCUUCAACCGGAAACUCAUGAAUCAUACAAAUCUAUACAUUUGAAUUUGAUGAGAGGAAUGAUUCAAAGUUCUUUCAUAAAUGAGAGAAGUUCUUUAGUAAACAAGAGUUUUUUUCAAAAACAAUGAUUAUCAUGAUGAUGCAGAAAUCAUUCUGCCUUUUAGGGUUUUAAUUUUCGCUCAAAUAUUUCCCCUUCAAAUACAUGAAGGUUUCCAGUGGAUUUCGAUUCAAAAAGUAAGAAUUUCUUUUUAUUGCACUACCAUUCGAUAAGAUUUUUAUACGGUUGACUGAGCUAGCAUUCAACAGAAAUUUGAAAAAAAAGGUUCGAGCGAGCAACCUUAACCGCAAAAGAUCCUUCUAAGUAGCCGAACUUGUACUUUUUCAAUUCGCAUGUUAGUAUCUACAAAGUCUCGUGUUUGUCUGGAAAAAUGUAGUGGUGGGAAAAAAGUCGUGUUUCCCGGCGCUUCAGGUAUUGUUACCUAGAGGAAAUUUCAAUUAGGAGAAGAUUGCUUAGCACUUAAUUAAUCGGGAUUACUCGCAUAGUCUCAUGUUUUGACUUUUAGGCAAACCCGACAACACUUUGCAUGAUGGCGGUCCUGGGGUUCCUAUGACUUCUUACCUGAACGAGGAUCCAGUCAUCGUUGAUUAUCCACAAGAAGUAAGUGUCCCAAAAAUGUUCAAAAUGUGUGCGAGUUCGUGUGGAUAUUAGUAAUGUUGCGAUGCAUUUUUUUUCUUCAGCUUUUUCUCUUUUAGCGCUCAAUUUUUGCACUCACUAAUUGAUGAAGACUGCUCACGAGGGAAAAUAUAGUUUUUCGGAUCAAACACCAAAAAAACUUUUCCAAAACCAAUUUCCAUUCUCCAAAGUUUGGAAUGAUGUCAUCUAAGCUGAAAAGUUGAGUUCCUCAUGAAUUAUUUGACUGAUUUCUCGACCUCCACCUUAAGACUUUCUCUUCCGAAAGUGUGAAAAAUUCAUGAUAAUGCUUCGCAGAUUAAUUCGGAGAGAGAAAAGCUGGUACUCGAACUCAUUUCAUGGGAAAAAGAUUGGGCGGCACUUGGUGCCCCACCGGAAUAUAUUUUGACGAUAACAAACAAAAAAGUGGCUAAACAGCUUUGAAGGGUAUGGCACAGCCGGAAAUGAGACUUUACAAAUGCGGAAAUGUGAAAAAGCGCGCCGUACAAGUUUACGCAUUUCGCUUGUCACAUUUACUAGUAUUUUUGGAGAUAUUGCAAAAUUAUUAUUGACUAGAGGACCGAGCAACGUUUUCCCUACUAGGAAGAGUCAAACUUCGAAUUGCAGUCGGACAUGCUGAUGAACAUGGAAAAACGUUGGGCCAACAAGGUACGCUUCGGCAAACGCGCCUCGUGGGCGUCUUCCGUACGUUUUGGAUAA